AUCAUUCCAGAUUUCAUUUUUCUCCCACUCAAGUUUUGUGUCCGGGGCUUUUGAUUAUUCUGCAGGGGCUUUCUUUGCGACGAAUCCGAGAGAAAUCUUGGGUGUUCUCCUUUUGGGUAUGCUAGGUUCGCUGAUAUAAGUUUGAUUUCGAAUACUGAUUCCUUGUUUUCAGUUUAUUGACGGGGAGUCAAGCUGAGAUCUUUUGUUAUCCAGUAACAAGCGAUAGGAUGUCUUGAUUUGAACUAAUUCUCCAUUUCGGUGUUGAAGUUUAGUGAUAGAAGAAAAAUCUUAUAGUGUUUGGUGAGUGGGCUUAAAUUUCCAGUUUGAGUGUGAAACUCCGUGAUAUACCUUUGUUUUGAACACAUUCAAUUUUUUGAUUAAAUUAUCAAGUAUAUAUUUUUGGGGCGCACAGUCCAUUGGGUUUCUCUGUAUUGGAUUUAAUUUUGGUGCUUUCAGAGGGUUCUGCAUUGUAGUUGCUAAAGAAAAUUGCAAAGAAAUGGAUGGGAGGGGGAUAUGAACGGGGAUUGAAGUGAGAAGAGGUUAUUGAGUAAUUCUUUGCAAGGUCAGACAUCUCAGAGUGGUGACACAGUGAAGGGAUUAUUGGAGAUGGAGGGGAGGGGGUUCUCAGACUUGUUUAGAAAUUCUAGUGAGGAGAUCUUUCUGAAGUCUAUGAUGGAGAAUCCAAUUGAAGUCUCAGCACCGAGUAUGGAGAUGCUGGGGUUUAAGAACAUCUCACAGCCCUUUCGAGGAGACAGCGAAGAGCUUUUCAACAGUUGGCUGAUGAAUGGAGAGAUCCCUGGCUACAACUCCACAAGCAUAGCUCAUCGUACUCGGCAAGCUUCUCGGAGUUGCAGGAUAUCAACAGAACUUGGUGUUCUUUCAAGCCAACAAAAUGGAGUUGCAGUUCAAAAGAAAACUAGCAAUGACAACUCAUCUCAGCAAAAUUUAAGCAAGCCUGAUGAACUUUUAAAUGACCUUUCACAACAUUCUUUCAGGAAUGCAGCAGAGCAACAAACGCAAGCUGAUAACUUGUAUUUGGCAAAGGCAUGGUUUCACAGUUCUCAACCAAUGACUAGAAGUCGCUCUUCUGAGCUACGGAGGAGAUAUGCUGCUAUGCAAAAUAUGCAGAUGCCAACAGUUGCAGAAACUCCAAAUAAUGCUGCAGGACAAGGUACCGACAGAAUGAAACAAGAAUUUACAAGCACCAGUAAUUUCUGUGGCAUCUCGGUGGAUGAGAUGUCCAAUCAACUGCUGAAUUUCAUGUCUCCAUCCAAUUCAUCCACAUCUCCCCUUGACACCCCUCCAAAGGCAACUGUAGAUACAGUUUCUUCUGUUGUCAGUAUGCUUAAGGGCACGCUGGAACGCAAAAAACUUGGCAACCCAGCCAACAAAGAAAACUUAGAAGGAAGUUCUUUUGGCUUUUAUAGUGCUCAACAAGUUCCUGCCAAUUUGAGCUCUAAUCAAGAUGCAGCAAAUCAGGUUCUUGGACAAUCCAGCACUUUUCAACUGGUAUCCUCUGUUCAAAUGCAAGGUUCAGGGAACUUGCCAAUAGCUGAGAGGUCAAUAGAACUAAGCAUGGAAGGAUUUAUUACUCAACCAAACCAGAUUCAGAUGGGGACAAUGUCUCAAGAACCUUCACAAAGUGGAUCAUCUGCUGCUGCACCUACACUUUCAACUGGUUUUGAUGUAUGUGAUGGCCCUGCCCAUUCAGGACAAACUAUAUCAGUUUGUGAGAGUUCCAGAAAACAUGUUGGUAAUGGAACUCCAGACCAUGGGAUUAAGGCCAAAGAAAAUGGGGAAAGGAUCUUUGACAAUAAUAUAAAAGAUGAAAGGAAGAGAGGGAGUCUAGUUCAGAUGGGAUCUGUAUCAUCAGUGGGUUCAGUGGACAAGGGGGACCCCACAAAGAGACGCAGGGUCGAGCGCUCACGCAAAAUGGCAGAAGCAAAGGAAAGAAACUCGGCUCCAACAUUACCAUCAGAUAUGCAGGCAGUUCUUAAGCGCUGUGAAAAUCUUGAGAAGGAAGUGCGAUCACUCAAACUUAACUUGUCUUUUAUGAAUAGGAAGGAUUCUGAGCAGACCAAACAAAUUGAAGAGCUUCAGAAGCAAAACGAGGACCUGACGGAAGAAAAGGAGCGCCUCUUAGAAGAGAUUGAGAGGAUUGCUGGAAGGAUCUGAUUGAUGAGAAGGAAUGCUAGCCUUGGCAACUGAUGAUCUGUCUAACUAAUUCCUUGUAACUAAUAUUGUUCUCAGAAUGUUCACUCGAGAGGGGUGGAGGGAGGGGAGUGGGGUUGGCGGGUGUUUAGAUUUCCAUAGGAUGGUUACUGUUUUCUUGGCAAUGUCUGAAACAGUGUAUGCUCCAAUUUUUCUUUUGCUUUAGAGUUGGCAGUGAGCAACAAAACAUAAACAGGCUCAUUUCAUUCCUACAGAAAUAUUUCUCUGAUAUAUUGAAUGAUAACUCGCUGAGAUUUAUUAAA